GCAGGACAUACAUGUGAUGGAACACAGUAAGUCAUACCGUCUGAUACUAUGUCCAACACUGUAGACGACGACGAGUCCACAAGGCUUAGUGUCUUGGCAUUUCUAUUAUCCUAUUUAGGUUAAGCGUCAUCCCGUGUAAGUGACGAUAGGGAGCUCAGCAGCUAGCUGAGUCCUAGAGAUGGAAGCCCGGGGAUGGGCGUUUCGUGUGUGAAGUUCUUUCAUUUUCUCUUCUUUAUAAGAUCCGUAUGCUCGUGAAAUGUCAUUCCUGUUUUCUAAUUCAUAGCAACAACUCUGGGCGAACGUUGAAAGGAGACUACCCCUAUUUCAUACCGGUACCUGCCAUCUACCUUCUACCUAGAAACUGGCUUUGCUACGAUAGAAUACUCUUUUCCAAACAUGGCAGCAGGAGAGCCAAUCUUGUAUAGUCUAUACGUCUACGUCCCUAAUAAGGGAGCACCUAUAUUCUUCGCCAUCGCCUACGCCAUCUCGGCCAUCUUCCACAUCUGGCAAUGCUAUCGUUAUAAAGCCUCUAAACUAAUCGGACUCCAUCCCCUAUGUGCUAUGCUCUUGACAGCCGGGUACGCGCUGCGAGAAUACGGAUCAUAUAACUACCUGUAUAGCACUACCACCAAGGUACCUUUGUUCGUCUUCAUAUUUAGCCAGGUCUUUAUAUACGUAUGUCCUCCGCUUCUCGAACUCGCCAACUACCACGUCCUCGGCCGUAUAUUCUACUACGUCCCGUACUGCUCUCCCCUCCCUCCCGGCAAAGUCCUCACCACGUUCGGCGGCCUAAUGGGUCUCGUCGAGGCCCUAAACGCCGUCGGCGUCGCCCUCUCCGCGAACCCAUCCGGCGCACCCGCCACACAGUCACUCGGCAGCAGCCUGACGAUCGCCGCCCUCGUCAUCCAGCUCGUCGUGAUCCUCGUCUUCCUCUGCCUCGCCGCGCUCUUCCACCGGCGCUGCGUGAAAGCUGGCGUGCAGGUAAAGUCCGUCAAGACGCUUUUGGCCACGCUGUACGCGAGCAUGGCGCUGAUCCUCGCGCGCUGCGUGUACCGACUAGCGGAGCACACGACGGGGCACACAAACAUAGACCUCGACAAUAUCGAGGCGCUGAGAAGCCUCGGCCCGGUCCUGCGGUACGAGGUGUUCUUCUACGUCUUCGAGGCGGCGCUCAUGCUGCUCAACUCUGCGCUGUGGAAUGUCUGGAACCCGGGCCGCUUUCUGCCGAGGGAUUGCCACGUGUACCUGGCACGCGAUGGGACGGAGGUCGAGGGAGAGGAGGUCAGGGAUGGGAGGUCGUGGAUGGUGAGAAUUGCAAGUCUGGCGACUUUUGGCAUCUUGUUCCGCGAGAAGAGGAAGGGGCUGGGGUUUCGGGAGCUCGAGCAGUAUCCGGCUGUUACCUCUUAGGUUGCCUGAGGGUAUUUGGUGAUGUGCCCCUUGGCCAUGUAACAUGAUGGAGGUAAGAGUUGAAGGGCAAUGCGGCUGUUAGAUAAGAUGAUUAGGAAGGGAGAAGGUAUAGAUUCGUUGGUACCCGACUCGAAGCCGCAUUAUAUACUAGGUAGGGAUCGUACUUUUAUAUCGCAGUGGUC